AUGGACGAUUUUAAUUCGGAAGCAUUGUCUUCCAAUAGUAGCUCGCUGUACGAGCUAUCGGGAUCUGAGCACAUGGAGCGCUCCGAGUCCUUACAGCCCAAGCAGCCGAUCCUACACGAUAGCUUAUACUGCAGGGACAACCCAAGGGAGACUCUUACGAUAAAGGACGAUUCAAACAAGCCAAACCAUCAUCGCGCUCUCCAUAACGCCACAGGUAAGCACUCUACUACAGACGAUUUGUUCCGAAGCUUAUCGAACAAGAAUUUGAAGAGUGUCAAGUCGCAUGCACAACUAGCAAAAACGGCCCAUGGUGUCCGAAUCCUUGCCAGAAACUUAGAUAGGGCUACAAUACAUUUACAGCUGCGUUCAGUUAUGCUCAUCACCAAGGCAAGAGAUAACUCGCUUGUUUAUCUCACCAAAGAGGUUGCUGAAUGGCUUCUUACAAUCAAUGAUCAGACUCGAGUCUACGUGGAUUAUCAUCUGGAAAAGUCCAAGCGGUUUGACGCAAAAGGCCUGAUACAUGAUAAUCCCUCCGCCGAGGGCCGUCUGAAGUACUGGACCAAGAAACUUAUCAGAGAAAAUCCCGAUAUCUUCGACCUGGUUAUCACGUUAGGGGGCGAUGGUACCGUCCUCUAUGCUUCCACUCUUUUUCAGAGGGUUGUUCCUCCGGUGAUGGCGUUUUCUUUAGGCUCUCUGGGUUUUCUUACCACCUUCCCGUUUGAGAACUUUCGGAGCAUUCUGGCAAAUGUGAUCAAGAACGGAGUUCGCACAAAUUUAAGAAUGCGUUUCACUUGCCGUGUUCACACUGCUGAAGGUGACUUGAUCUGCGAGCAGCAAGUUUUGAACGAGCUCACGGUUGACAGAGGGCCUUCUCCGUGGGUCUCGAUGCUGGAACUGUAUGGCGAUGGAUCGCUACUAACUGUUGCCCAAGCAGACGGGCUUAUUAUUGCUACCCCUACCGGAUCGACUGCCUAUUCGCUGAGUGCAGGAGGUUCUUUGGUGCACCCUGGCGUUAGUGCCAUCAGUGUGACCCCCAUUUGUCCACACACACUUUCCUUCCGUCCAAUUUUGCUACCUGAUACUAUGUCUCUGAAGGUGAAGGUUCCUAUUCGAUCAAGAGCCACUGCUUGGGCCUCCUUUGACGGACGUUCUAGAGUCGAGCUGCUCAAAGGAUACUACGUCACUGUGUGUGCAUCGCCAUUUCCCUUCCCUACUGUGAGGUCUUCCAAAACGGAGUAUAUCGAUAGUGUGAGCAGGGUGCUCAAUUGGAAUAAUAGAGAAGAGCAGAAAUCCUUUAUCCAUCUGUUGAGUGAUAAGAAUAAAAAAUCUUACAACACUUAUCACAGAAGACACGGUUCGUCUCCAGAGAGCGAUCUAGAGGACGAGGACAAUUUGGAUAUGAAUUACGUUAACCAGUCGAAGGAGAGAAAUGAAAACCAGCAUGAGGCCCAAGAGUCUGUGGCACCAAAAGCACGGUUCAUGAUAAAUGGCGAGCAUUUGGACGAGGUGGCCAGCAAGUCUGGUGUCACAAAGCCCUCGAAACUGAAAAAUGUCAUUAAGCCAGAGGAUUUUAACGAGUCUCUGGAGGAAGAUAUAAACGAGAGAGAAAAACAGGAUUUACAGGAUGAGCUUGCAGGAAAAUUCGAGAUUGACUAUAAUGACGACAGUGAGGACCAGGAGUCAACAAAUCAUGUGAGCAGCGCAGCAAAGGGUGGAGGAAAGAGCCGUAAGAAGAAGUCUCACUUGAUCCAGACCCGAACGCGUCGAACUGUUACAAACGAGGACAUGAGCGACUCCACGGUUGAUAUCGACGACGAGGACGAUUCUCAAAAUAAUUAUUUCCGGCCUCGCGCUGGAGAAGAAAUUGAGACUCCUGUCAACCAUUCGCCAGGGCUGGAGCCAACCAUUGACCAAGUGGUGUCAAGCCAUUUGUUUGACGAGGAUCUCAGAAGCAAGUUAUUUCGUUUGAAUGUGUAA